AUGUCGAGGUCGAUGGCAAGCACGUGGAGCUUGCUCUAUGGGAUACGGCCGGCCAGGAAGACUACGAUCGUCUACGCCCUCUCAGUUAUCCUGAUUCGCAUGUCAUCCUCAUCUGCUUCGCCGUCGACUCCCCCCGAUUCGCUUGAUAACGUCCAGGAGAAGUUAUGCAUUUCUGUGCCGGCCUGCCUAUCAUUCUUGUCGGCUGCAAAAAGGAUCUCAGACGUGACCCCCCGUGUGAUUGAGGAGCUUAGGAAGACGAGCCAGCGACCCGUAACCCCCGAAGAGGGUAUGGCAGUCGCCCAGAAGAUCGGGGCAAAGCACUACCUCGAGUGCUCCGCCAAGUCGGGUGAAGGCGUCCGCGAAGUCUUCCAGUACGCCACCCGCGCCGCACUGCUCAGCAGAGGAAAGGGCAAGAAGAGCCACCAUUGCAUCGUGUUGUAG